AUGGGUGGUAUAAAUUAUGGAAGUAUUGAUAAUCCAACUACUGAAGAUCAAGAUAAUACUUUUUCUACAAUUGAUACAAUUGAUAGAGAAGAAAGCUUGUAUAAUAGUGAAGAGAUUCAAAUUUAUGUUCGCUCUAUUAUUAAUGAUGAUGUUGAAAGUAGAACUUCUAAAAAGUUACGAAAUACUAAAAUUACUGAUUUUAUUAAGUCUCAUUAUCCUCAUCCUAAACAUAUUCAAAAACAACUUGAAGAAUCUUGUAAAGCUAAACAUGAAUAUUUAGGUAUUACUGUAAUAUGGAUUACACCAGAUUUUAAAAUUAAAGAUGUAAUUCUAGAAAUAAAAUAUGCUCCUUCUCCUCACACAACUAAAACUAUUGCUGAAUUACUUUAUCAAUGUAAAAAUAUUUUACAAAUUUCAUGUGCAGCUCAUAUACUUCAGUUAGCAAUCGCUGGUAACUCUUCAUUAGAUAAUAUUAAUAUUAAUUAUCUUGAUGAAAACAUUGUAUUUGAAACAGAAAUUUUUACUGAAGAAUUAUUAAUUGAAAUUGAAGAUGAAGAAAUUAUAAAUAAUAUAUCAAAAAGAAGUAUUUCUAUUAAAAAUUCAUUAAAUACAACAGGAAUUUUGGAAAAAGUCAAAAAUAGUAUCUAUUCUGCAUUAAUUUAUUAUUGGGAUUUUUCUAAUAAUAUAGAAUUAAUAGCUUCUCUAUUAGAUCCAUGUUAUAAAAUAUUGAAUUUUGUAGAAUCAGAAGAUGAAAAAAAGAGAAUAAUUCAAAAACUUCAUAAUAAACUUAAUUCAAAUAAUUUAUUACCUGUAGAAUCAUUUAGUUCAAUUGCACUUUUAACAAAUGAUGCAGAAUUUUCAUUACAUUAA